UUUGUGAAGCUGUGUACGAAAAAAUACGCAUAGCGGAGGAAAUAAGUAGUUGAAAAGUUGGGAUGAUAAUCGGAGGUAGAUGUUGGCUUCUGUUGGCUCCAAAUAUUUGAAAUCAAGUCGCAGAGUUCUCUCCCUCUUAGACCAAUGCGUAACCAUGGCUCACAUCAAACAGAUUCAGUCCCAUCUCACCGUUUCCGGCACCCUCUUCGACCCCUUCGCAGCAGGCAGAAUCAUCUCAUUCUGCGCCGUCUCCGCCCAAGGCGACAUCUCUCACGCCUACCUCCUCUUUCUCUCUCUCCCUCGACGUACCUCCUUCAUUUGGAACACCAUGCUACGAGCUUUCACCGACAAAAAGGAACCCGCCACUGUGCUCUCUCUUUACAAAUACAUGCUUAGUACUGGCUUCUUACCCAAUAACUACACUUUCUCUUUUCUUCUUCAAGCCUGUGCUCAGCUCUCUGACCUCUCUUUUGGGAUCCUACUCCACGCUCAGGCGGUCAGAUUGGGUUGGGAAGCCUAUGAUUUCGUGCAAAACGGAUUGCUCCAUUUGUACGCGUCUUGUAAUUGCAUGGACUCGGCUCGAAGGUUGUUUGAUGGGAGUGUGAACCGAGACGUUGUUACGUGGACUGCUGUGAUAAAUGGGUAUGCCAAGUCUGGGCAGGUCGUGGUGGCGAGGCAACUGUUUGAUGAAAUGCCUGAGAAGAAUGCGGUUUCUUGGAGUGCGAUGAUCACUGGGUAUGCGCAAAUUGGGUUGUUUAGGGAGGCUUUAGAGCUUUUCAAUGAUAUGCAGAUUGCUGGAUUUCGGCCUAAUCAUGGGGCAAUAGUGGGUGCACUCACUGCUUGUGCUUUUCUUGGGGCAUUGGAUCAGGGAAGGUGGAUUCAUGCAUAUGUGGAUAGAAACCGUAUGGUAUUGGAUAGAAUAUUGGGGACAGCGCUUAUAGACAUGUAUGCAAAGUGCGGCUGUGUAGAAACAGCUUGUCGUGUGUUUGAUGAAAUGCUAGAUCGGGACGUCUUUGCUUUUACUUCUUUAAUUUCAGGCUUAGCCAAUCAUGGUCACAGUGCCACAGCUAUUGAGAUGUUUACAAGAAUGCAGAAUGAAGGGGUUUGUCCAAAUGAAGUUACUUUUAUAUGUCUCUUAAGUGCUUGUAGUCGAGUUGGAUUGGUGGAAGAAGGAUUGAGAAUCUUCAAAAGUAUGACAAAUAUUUAUGGAAUUGAACCAGUCGUCCAGCACUAUGGCUGUUUGGUAGAUCUUUUGGGCAGAGCUGGGAUGCUAGAGGAUGCUAAGAGGGUGGUCAGGGAGAUGCCCCUGGAGCCAGAUUCUUAUGUAUUGGGUGCAUUACUCAAUGCUUGUAGGGUUCAUGGCGACGUUGAGUUAGGUAAAGAAACAGUUGAGUGCUUGGCAGAGCGGAGUCUUGACCAUGGAGGUGUUCAUGUCCUUCUUUCAAAUAUGUAUGCCUCAGCUAACCAAUGGGAGGAUGUAGCUAAGGUAAGGAAGGGAAUGGAAGAAAAAAAGGUGAAAAAGGUUCCAGGGUGUAGCUUGAUUGAAGUGGAUGGUGCGGUUUUCGAAUUUGUUGCUGGAGAUAUGUCUCAUGUUUUUAUGGAUGAGAUUGUGUUGUUGCUUCUUGGUAUUGACAAGCACUUGAAAUCACUUUGGUCUGAAGAUGAUGACAAUGAUGACAUGAAAUUUGAGUAAAACUACUUGUAGCUGGGAUUGGAUGCAUACUGAGCUGGUGGUGUAGGAAAUUCAUAAGGGGAAAAGAUAGCGCUAUUCAUGAGUUUUAAUUGCCAAAUUCAACUAAGCACACUUUUGAGGAUCUAAUGCCUAGUUUGGUGCAAGAUUGUUAAAUUUCCAGCACCAAGGAAGUUUCUCUGAGUUGCAGAAUGAGAUGAGAGGCAUUGGGAAAAACUAAAAGAAGGAGAAAAAAAUCAUUCACACCUAAGGUUCCUAAGCAAUUUCACUUGGAGAAGACUACACCUUUCAAAGAAGCUAAUAGCUACUUAUAAAUCUGAAAGACUACAUAGGUUUGUAUAAACUCUUAAAUUUUUUUUCCUAAGACUAUGUCAUAGUAGGAAUACAAUUCUUUUGCCUAAACAAAUUAGAAGCUAAAACUAAUAGAAGUUUGACAAAAUAAAUAAAUAAACUACUAAAAUCAAUCCUAAUAAAAUAAAAUAAUCAAAUAAACUAUGGGAUGCCGGUAUAACCCAUGCUAACCAUACCAAAAUUACUAAACUACCAUUCUAAAAAUAUUUUUUCCUUUUCUUCCAUAAUUCUUUGACUUUUUUCCUCAUCACGUAGCUUAAGGACCUGAUGGCUGGAAGCCAAUUGAUGUAGGAUGGCCUUCAAAACCUUAAGGCUAAGAUUGUCUUACAAAAAGACCGUAAAAUAUGUGUGUAUAAGUAAGAAAAUUUUUUAUGGAGGAAGAAGAAUGGAGAUUACUUGAGAAUGAACAAGUGGAGCGAAGAAUUAUUGAAAGGGAGAGAUUGGGGCUUGUUUAGGAACGUUUUAAAAAAACAAUUAUCAAAGAACAACUUUUUAAAAUAGUUUUCAAAACCAGUUCUAUGAUAUUUUCUAAAAUAAAAAGUAUGUUUGGAAAUUUAGAAUAUUCUCAACUUGUUUUCUAUUUUUUUGAAAUAUUUCUCAAAAAUAAUUUUUAUCUAUAAUGUUUUAUUUUCAACCAUUCUCGAUAUUUGUACAAUUAUAUUUUAAAACA